AUGGUCUUUUACUCUUCAGUAGCCCGCGCACUAGUAGUAGUCUCCGCAAUCAUCCUCUCAGGCGCAAACUGCCAGGAAUCAAUCGUAAAGCCCGACCAUAUCUCCCUCGUCACCAAAGGAGAGGACUUCUCAAUCAUGUGGAGAGUGAUCGAUCCUCCGGAAACCUCGCAUGUGUACAUCACACUCGAGAAUCCAAGCAUGGAUCUUGGUAGUCUGGGCAUCAUCACGAACGCAUUCCAUGUGGGGAUCGACGAUCGCGAAGAGGUGGCUGGCUUCUUCCUCUACCGUUAUGCAUGGUUUCCGAGCGAUCUGCUGCAGACUAGCGAUACGUAUCAGAUCCGCGUGGUGGACGGCAAUGUCACGCUCGUGUCGCAAAGCUUCUAUAUCGGCUCAAUAGCGGAUAUAGAAAAGAAGGCUCCGGUCCGGAAAAAGGCUUCAGGACUGUCGACCGCCGUGAUUGGGGGUGUGGUUGGGGUGUAG